UGCAAAUAUGUUUGUUGCGCUUCAGUUGCCCAGUUAAAGUUAAAGAUUUUACGUCAUGUCACGUCUGCUUAUACUCCUUAUGUCGUUGGCCUUCUUGUACGGCAGCUCGGCGACAGUUGUCACUGACUUUUUGAAUGAUGUUCAUCAAUCUCUUAAGCUACUACAAUUGAGCCUAGAGAUACCUUUGAAACUGUACAAUUCUGCUCUGGAUAAUUCCGAUAAAAAACCCAAAUUGGAUCCCCUUAAGCGGGUGGUCACUGAAGUGAGCGACGGCAGCGAAGUGAUUACGAUCGUAAAAGCUCCACAAUCACGUUUGGGCAUUUACUAUCCUGUCGCGGAUUCAGUAUUCGUUAAUCACAAUCAAAGAGCUCCAGUAAACGGCAACGGAGCGCCGGCUCCAAACUAUAAUCCUGCACCUACAAUGGUGGCAUCUAGCCCUGGUAAGGGGAUACUGAUGCAAUUAGGUAAUGGACUAGCCAAGGGAAACUCUAAUCCUGGGAAGGCAACAGAACAAGCUCCAAACUUAGCUAAAGGCUCAGCUAGCCCGUUUCCAGGAGGCCCAUCUAAAGGAGGGGCUCAGCAUAACGCUGCUGGGUAUUCACCUAUAACUGGCUGGCUUAGGGGGUAGUGUAAUAAUUGAUGGAUUGACCACUGGACUGCCUGAUGGAUG